AUGCAGCUGCUGGGGUGUGAUGUCGCCGCCCUGAAUACUGUCCAUUUCAGCAACCACACCGGCUACAGGCAAUUCAAAGGCACAAGGUCAACAGCCCAAGAGAUUAGCGACCUAUAUCAGGGUCUCUGCCAGAGCCAUCUCACGGAUUUUGAUGUCAUGUUGUCGGGUUAUGCCCCAGUGCUGCAGCACGCAAGGCCGAGUCAAACCCUGGCUCAUUUUUUUGGGGUAUGUUCAACUCUGUCGUUGUUGAAUUCCCCGCUAACGGUGAACCAACCUACAGUCCUAGACCCUGUCAUGGGCGACCAGGGCCGGCUAUAUGUCAAUGAGGAUGUAGUGCCUGCAUAUAAAAAGAUCAUCCAUCACGCUGAUCUGAUUCUUCCCAAUCAGUUCGAAGCCGAAGUCCUCUCCGGAAUCAAGAUCACCUCCCUCAGCACCCUCGCCGAGGCCAUCACCGCCAUCCACACCACCUACUCAGUCCCACACGUCAUCAUCACCUCCGUCCGCAUCUCCCAGUUCUCCUCAUCCCCAGAAACCACCACAGACAACCUAACCGUGAUCGGCUCCACCAUCAAAUCCGACGGCUCCCCUCGGCUCUUCCGCGUAGACGUCCCCGCCCUGGACUGCUUCUUCAGCGGCACAGGCGACAUGUUCGCGGCCCUGACGGUCGCCCGGCUCCGCGAAGCCGUAUUCGCAGCCGACUCCACCCUCCGCUCGACCAAGUCGUGGGCCACCGUGAAGGUGCUGGCGAGCAUGCACAGUGUCUUGGAAAGGACCCUGGAAGCGCGUGAUGUGGAGCUCCGCGCCACUGCGUCUGCGGAGAAGACUGAACCGGGCUUGAGCGAGGGGGAGAAGCAGAAGAGGGAGUACUUGCGGCGGACGAAAGCCGCCGAGGUGAGGGUUGUGCGGAAUGCGCGGUUCCUGCGGGAGCCGGAUGUGGAGUUCCAGGCGCGGGAAUGGAAAAAGGAAGAUUUGCCUGCGGGACUUCAAUAG